AUGAACAAUCCACCGAUAUUUGCAAAAAACACACUGAUGGCGCUGACAAUUUCUCAUUUUAUUUUCCAUCUCUCCAUUCUCAUUUCUUUUGCCACCAGCUAUAAUACACGUUAUUGCUACAAGACAUUCUGGAUACGGGCUAAAUCAUCAUGUCUCAUACACAAGGCAAAUGGGACUGAUGGACCAUCCCAUAUUGAACAAACAGGGAUAGCAUCCACAACAGAAAUAUCCACCACAUUGACAGAUAUACCCUCCCCAUCCGUCACCAACACAGCCAGCGAUGAUAUCGCGUUGCAAUCAAAACUGAUUCAAUCAUCCAAAUUGGGUAGUGUAUCCGUCCAGGGAACCCCAGGAAACAAAACCACUCUUAUAUCUCGAGAGUCAAACACUGAAGACCACGAGGAAGACCAGUACUAUCUCAGCGGACUGUUUAAUAUUGAAACUUCUCCCGCCUACAAGUCCUUGGAGGCCCUAAAAGGAAAAAAGGAGGUACAAGAAUCCCAGAUUGAGCAUUUCAAGCAGAGUUUCUUGCGCAUGCAUGGUUUCUUGAUCCGAUUCAACGAGUAUGAAAAGAAUAUUGCUAAAAAACUCAAAGCAAGUGUAAAGGAAGUCACCAUGCAGAAGCUUGAACGGGAUCGAGCUGUAUCCAAACAGUUUUCCGGCAAUGCCGAAAUUGGUGAACUCAAGCGUGAGCUUCUUAAAGCACAGAAUGAAGUGGAUUUAGCUUUUGAGCGCGAGUCAAAGCUGCAAAAAGAAACGGAUGAACUAUCCAAACAAAAACAGGAUUUAGUUCAUGAUAUAGAAGAAAUUCGUCGCCACAAGGCCGACAUGCUAGAACCCCAACUUAUUACUGCAACAAAAGAUUUGAAAAUGGAUAUACAUCAACGCCGCCAUCAAGUCGAAAACCUCCAAAAAGACAUGGAAGAAAAGCAAUCCACAUAUGAAGUAGUUGCAAUUGAGCGUGAUCGGCUCGAAAAAGAAAGGGAAAAGUUUGUCAUUUCAUUGGCUAAAGCAACUGAAACACCUUUGAAGAUCCAAAAGCAAGUGGAUGUGCUGAAAGACGCAAUCCAGAGUUUAGGAGGAGAGAAUUCAAAGCAAUUGACAUUGACUUCCCAGUUGGACAAAGAACUGGAACGGCUAGCAAAAAAAAAGCAUGAUUUAGAAAAUAUGCGGAUGGGCCAAGCUGCUGAUUAUGAGGAACGCCGAGGGCUGAUACAUGCAAUGGAGCGUCAAGUGGAUGAUAUUUUUAAAGAACAUGAGCUGGCAAAAGAGCAGCUAACUUUUCAAAAGGCUGAACGAGUGCGAUUGGAUUUAAGUGCAAAAAAAACUAUCCAUGAUAUCAAACGUGAGCACGAUACCGUAUUAAGAGUGAUUCGAGAAAAAGACACACAGCUUAAACUGCAUCGUCGACUCGAAACUACAGUGAAUAACAUCAAAAUGUCGACUCCAUCGAUACGCAAGCAAGCAGAAGAUUACCGACGUCAGCUCGAAUUUGCAAAAGCAGACGAGAAAUUCUACCAUAAGGAAAACACCCGACUACGCAAACUUAUUGAUGUUGCAACGUAUGAUUUUCUCAUGCAAGAAAAAGUAGAAACAAAUGAAAUGGAGGAAUUACAAGAGCAGGUAGCUGCAAACAAACGACUUGAGAGUGAAUUGGAGUCUGCUAGUAACGAGUACUUGGCUGCCGUCCGUGCUGUUGAUGAGAUUAAGAUGGAAAAAGACAUUCGCGCACGUGAAGUGGUUCGUAUUCAAGCUAAAACCCGGGCUAUCAAGGGAGAUACAGCUGCUAAAGAAAUCAGCAUCAUGGAUGCGUCAAAACGAGCAAUUGAAGCUGCUGGCAGGUUAAAAGAUUUUGGAGCUCUGUACGAGCUGGUCAAGAAUGAGCGCAACAAAUAUUUGAAUCAUAUCCAGUCGUCAACUCAGCGAGCCGCAGAAAUGAAGGAAAAGAUUAAAAUUUUAUCCAACGAGAUUGAGAUUUUACGACACGAAAUUUAUAACAAAGAUCGUGAGUUGUCGAAAAGGAAACAGGAAAACAGUGCAGCAUACGCAGGUCGAGAUUCACUCAAAAAUGAAGCCAAUAAACUCAUGAUGCAAUACCGUGAUCGCCGUGAUCAGAUCGAUCAGCAUCUGGCUUCACUCGAAUCUCUCAAUACUCAUAUCAACAGCGCUGAGCAAGAAAUGCUUGCCAUAAAAUUGCGCUACGAACAGCUCAUAAAAGAGCGCAAUAUGGUAGGUGUCCACCUCCUUGACCGCAACGACGAGCUCUGUAUCAUAUAUGAGCGUCUGAAUGUCCAAGUUGAAAUAAUGAGUAAAGGCGAGCUGGGUUUGCGCGAGCGAGAGGACGAGAUUAGAAAAUUGGCAUUAAUUGCUACUGAGCUGAAACGCAAGAUUGAUCUGCUAAAAAGGGACGAGCCUCUUGUAGGGGUGUAUCAAAUUGAGAUUGAAAAGCUAGAAAGGGAAAGAGAUAAGCUGAGGAAAUAUGUAAUAGAUUUGUCUCGGGAAAUGGAGAAUCCAGAUGAUCCUAAACGAUGUAGAAAUUUAAACGGGGCCGAUCCAACACCCAUAGAACUACUGAAAAAGAUUGAGCGGCUAGAAGACAUGCUUGCAACCAGAGAGGAAAAACUGUUGGAGAAAGACUUGAUUAUGGAAGAAAUAGCAACACUUACUAAUCGGCUCAAAAAACAGACUCUCGAUGGCAAACAAGAGACUUAUCAAGUGACACGCAAGCUCAACGAUCUAACCAAGCGCAUUAAACAUGUUACACGCACUAUGAUGUCAAAAGUAUCCGAGCUGGCCAUGUACCAAUCCCACGCAAUGAAUCUGUAUCAAGAAAAAAGCGAAAAGGAAGCAUUGGUUGAGGAAGCAGUGAUGAGACUAGAAAAGGGAGAUAUUCCUACUGAGCAGAUUGAGCGAGAUUUUAUACGAAUGGAAAAGACUCGAAUGCGCAAAGAAAGUAAACAAAGAGCGAUCAAGGAACGUAAUCUACGCGAGCAAGUGGGCCGGCUUGUUGAUGUGGACGACGAUGAUUUUUAUAUGUAUGGCAAAGUGCGAACCAUGGCAGAGCCACGACCCAAUGCAUAUAUUCCCGAUGCAACGGGACUGGGAACAUUACCUAUUCCUAAACCGUAUGGAGCACAUGCACCAUUCAAGCCGCAGGAGCCAGGAACACAGAUACGCCACUAUCGCAAACCAGUGGAGAAGCCGAUCGAACUAAUGCUGUCUGUACUAGAAGCCCACAAGUCGUCUCUUUCCCGCCCAUCAUCUUCUGUUUCUCAACAAGUCGGAAUGCACUUUGCAGAUGGCGCUUCGAUUCUGUAUGUUCCUACUGCUGCAGGUGCACAGGGCAAGCGAGCCAUUGAGGAGUUUGUCAAAAAUGUUGGCCGACAGUCUCAUAUCAUCGAGAACGAGCAGAUCCUAUCCCGUAUGGUUGGUGACCAGUCUGUCGUUGAAGAGUCCAUUGUGCGGUUGAUCCACACGGACCCUAUUGACUGGCUGCUUCCUGGUGUUCGCCCAACCAAAAAGCAGAUUGUUUUCCCCAUGGUGACUAUUCUCUCCUUUGACGAGACUGGAAAGAUUGUCUCCAAGAGAGUUUACUGGGACCAAGCCUCUGUAUUGCGCCAGGCUGGUGUCCUGCCCAGAUCUCUGUACUGCAAGGCUAAUGCAUCCGAGGUGCAGCUUCCUGUCCUUGACGGAUCUAUUGUUAACAGUCUUCAAGACUCUAUUCUUGACUCCAAUGUUCUUUUGAGAGUUGAAACUUCUGCUGGACUUUCUAACGCUCAGCGUGAUGCCAUGGAGAACAAGCCUGCCACUCCCGUCAAGGGACGUACGGCUGCUCAAGGCAUGUAUCCUCAAGGUGAAGAACUGCCCAUCCGCGCUAGCAACAAUCGCCAAAAAUCGGAUGUCUUUGGCUUGGAGCCAGACACUGCUGCGUCGUCUUAUGCUGCUUCUCGUCGCUCAUCGGCCAUGUCGUCUGUUUUCCCUGAAGAAACCAAGAACGUAGCACGUCCCUCUACUCGCGUUUUGCAACCGUCUGGUGGUCAUUCUAGCAAUAUUUUUGGAGAUGAUCAGCCCAUUCGUUCAGCCUAUUCCUCCCAAGCUACUGCCCAGGCUAAUGCAGACAUGGUUCGCCAAUUUGCAGAGUCCUCUCUUGACGAUGUUGCUGAAGAGACCUCCAGUAACGCAUCUAGUCAGACUACCCACUCCAUUGGUGGCCGUCGUGCCUAUGCUGGAAAGACCAAUGAAUCGCAGUUUUCCUUUGGAGAUGACUCCUCCACUGUUGGUCAACGUCAUGCCACCAAUUCUACUCAUGGCAUGGGUCGUCGUGUUUAUGGUGAUACCAACAAGUCUCAAUUCUCGUUUGGAUCGGAUGUCAAUGCUUUGCCCGACUCGCCUAACCACCACCAUAACACUCUGCAUACUGGCCGAAAGAUCAACUCUGCCUCUAACCAGUCUCAGUUUUCGUUUGGAUCUGAGACUCCUGAGACUGUCAAGCACGCUGCUGCUCAAUCUGCUCGCUCUUCUGUCGCCUCUAUUCCUCGCUCAACCAACCCCUUUGAAGAUCAGCCUUUGCCCAAUGCUGCUUUCCGUAGCGGCCGUCGUGAUCCCAACGCUAUGAGUAAUGAGCAUUUGAAUGGUACUCGUCCUUCCAGCCGUGUUCUUAAGGCUCCUGGAGGUGGUUCUAGUAUUACUUUUGGCUAAUACUGUUUACUGGUGUAACUUGGGAUGUUUAGCUUUCAAUUUUUAUUUUCCUUUAUGGUUUUGCUUGUUGUUUUUGAAAAUAAACUUUUAAAAUAUGAUGUUAUCU